AUGCGGCCGCCAAGGGAGAGGCUAGUGGUCACAGGCCGAGCUGGAUGGAUGGGUAUGGGGAGAGGGGCAGCACCGGCAUCAUCAGCCCUGGGAUUCUGGCCGACCCUCGCCUUCCUCCUCUGCAGCUUCCCCACAGCCGCCUCCCCCUGCAAGAUCCUCAAGUGCAACUCUGACUUCUGGAGCGCCACGGCGGGCGGCCCCUCGCCGGCCUCGGACGACCCGGCGCCCGAGUUCUGCGCGGCCCUGCGCACCUACGCGCUCUGCACGCGGCGCACGGCCCGCACCUGCCGCGGCGACCUGGCCUACCACUCGGCGGUCCAUGGCAUCGAGGACCUCAUGGGCCAGCACAACUGCUCCCGGGAGGGCCCCACGGCGCCGCCGCGCCCCCGCACGCCGCCCGCGCCGCCGCCCGCGCCCGCCGGGCCCGGCGACAGCCAGGAGCGCGCCGACAGCCCCGAGGUGUGCCACUACGAGCAGCGCAGCGCCCCCCGGCGCGCCAACUACACGCACUGCGGCCUGUUCGGCGACCCGCACCUGCGCACCUUCACCGACCGCUUCCAGACCUGCAAGGUGCAGGGCGCCUGGCCGCUCAUCGACAACAACUACCUGAACGUGCAGGUCACCAACACGCCCGUGCUGCCCGGCUCGGCCGCCACCGCCACCAGCAAGCUCACCAUCAUCUUCAAGAACUUCCCGGAGUGCGUGGACCAGAAGGUGUACCAGGCGGAGAUGGACGAGCUGCCGGCCGCCUUCGCCGACGGCUCCCGCAACGGCGGCGACCAGCACGGCGCCAACAGCCUGCGCAUCACCGAGAAGGUGUCGGGCCGGCACGUGGAGAUCCAGGCGCGCUACAUAGGCACCACCAUCGUGGUGCGCCAGGUGGGCCGUUACCUCACCUUCGCCGUGCGCAUGCCGGAGGAGGUGGUGCGCGCCGAGGAGGGGCACGGCGCCGGCGGCCAGGGCCUCUACCUCUGCCUGCGCGGCUGCCCCCGGAGCCAGCAGAUCGACGUCCGGCCCCUCGGGGGGCCUCCGGGGGCCGAGGCCGGCUCCGCGCCUGCACCUGCGGCGGCCGCCGCCCCCCCGGACGCCUUCCCCUACGAGGCGGCCGCGGCCAAGUGCAAGGAGCGGCUGCCGGUGGAGGACCUGUACUACCAGGCCUGCGUGUUCGACCUGCUCACCACGGGCGACGCCAACUUCACGCUGGCCGCCUACUACGCGCUGGAGGACCUGAGGAUGCUGCGCUCGGACAAGGGCAAGCUGCAUCUGUACGGCAGGACGCCGGAGCCCCCCGGCCGGGCGGCCGCGGCGACGGGGCCCGGCCCGGCCCCCCGGCUGCUCCUGGGCGGCCUCCUGCUCCUCGGCCUGCUCUCCGUGCUCCCCGAGGCCCCGGCUGCCUAG